AUGGCCUCAGAAUCAGAGGCUGGCGGCUUUUCUUUCCGAGGGGACUAUCGGGAGAACCGACCCAUGUUUACUCUUGGGUAUCAUGACUCGAAGAGAGAGGAACCGCUCUCGGAGCUGCAAUAUGGAUACCUGCUGAACCAAGAUUUUUCUGUGGCCACCACGCCAAUCACCAACAGCCGUUUCAAGUCUAGAGUCUUCAAGGUUGUGUCCGAUCAUCUGGCAACGUUGAAGGCCAAUGGCGAAAAGGGAACGAGUGAGGCCACGGCCAAUCGAGCAGACCCUAUUCUUCUGCCUCUCACCCCGGAAGAUACUGGCAUGUUCCCCUCUCAAGCCGUCAACACCUAUGUCGCCUACACGAGCCCCUGGAUUGAUCUUUGCUCGAAUGAUCCGGUCAUUGCCAACAUCUCUCGCCAGGUACUCAAUCUCGAGAUUAACUAUGCAAGCUGGUGUGGUGUGAAGAGUAUCAUCAUUACUGGACCUGGCCGAGACGCUUCCAAGGACGGGGGAAGCCAAGGGAUCGCACAGUAUUCUCGGGCUAUUCAAGAAGCCUUGACUAUUGCCCCCGCCAUAACCAUCUUGAUUCAUAUCCCCAUGUACCGUGAACCACCUGUUGGGACCCAGACUGAGACGUUGUCCUCAUUGGAUGCAGAGAAGGCUUCCAAGACUACUGGAGGUGAUAUUGAUAUAUUCACCACUUGGGAUUCUUGGCAUCAGAUCAGAUCAGUUUGCAAAUACAACCCUAGGCUUCUUGUUGCACUCAAGAUGCCGAGAGUCGCGCCAGAGAAGGAUCUGCAAAACCGAUGGUUCUGCGAACCUCUUCACUACCUGACCUUCAGCCCCGAAGUUUUCCAGAAGAACAAGGCAGGCUAUCCUAGUCUUACUAAGAACCACCAGGAGAUUAUUUUCGCCUACAUGCGCCUGAAGAAUGCCCCCUGGCUCUUGCUCUGCGAUGUUGGUCCUGAUGUACGACAUAUUACCGACGAUGGCAAAGACGAGAAGGCACCUUUAACAGAGGCCGAUUUCCCCAGCCUGGAAGAAGCUCAUAAGCCCGCCUUUCGCGUGUCUACAGACUCUAGCGUCUACUGCGAGUACUUGCGAUGGCUAGAAGGGCAGCAACCUCCAUUUUCAGUCUUAGAGACACCCAUCCUCACUAAUUUCCAGGAUUGGCUACAGUCGCCGCUGCAGCCUCUUUCAGAUAACCUGGAAUCUGCAACAUAUGAGGUCUUUGAAAAUGAUGCCAUCAAGUAUGAUCAGUAUGAAUUGGCCAUCGCUGAGGCUUUGAAAGAGUGGAGCGAACUAAAGCUCCCGACCUCAAAGCCUGGUGUUGUCGUCAUGGCAGUCGCAGGCUCUGGCCGUGGUCCUAUAGUGACCAAGGCUCUUCAAGCAGCAGAAUCUACUGGCGUCAAGGUGGAGAUGUGGGCUGUCGAGAAGAAUCCCAAUGCAUAUGUAUACCUUCUUCGCCAGAACGCCCAGAAGUGGGGCGGCAAGGUGAAUGUUAUCAAGACGGACAUGCGAGCUUGGAAGGGCCCAUUGAUCUCGGAUUCUCCCGAGACUGGACCGGUAUAUGGCAAGGUUGAUAUCCUAAUUUCCGAACUGCUCGGCUCUUUUGGCGACAACGAGCUCUCCCCCGAGUGUCUGGAUGGCAUUCAGCAUGUUCUGGCAAAGCCUCACGGCAUCUCAAUCCCGCAGUCUUACACGGCACACUUGAGCCCAAUUGCCACACCGAAGCUUUAUACAGACAUUAGCGCAAGAGCUCAGACUGACCCCAGCGCGUAUGAUACUCCCUGGGUGGUGAGCCUGUUUUCGCUCGACUUUGUGGCUCAGAGGGUACCAGGUCACCCUAGGUUCCAACAAGCAUGGGAGUUUUCACACCCCAUUCCCGACUCGACGCUCGAGGCCAUCGCAGCGCGGCGGUCUGGAGGAGUUGUCGGCGGUACAGGAGGAUCCAUGGCAGGUGCUGCAGGAGCGAACGACCACAACUCCAGAUUUUGCCAUCUGACAUUUGUUGCUCGUACUCGCGGAGUUACCCAUGGACUGGCAGGAUAUUUCGAGUCCACCUUGUACGAGCAAAAGGCAGGUCCCAACAAAGGCAGGAAAACAGAGAUCAGCAUUCACCCGGAACGAAUUGAUGCGAAGAGCAAAGACAUGGUGUCUUGGUUCCCCAUUUUCUUCCCACUCAAGCAACCCCUUUACUUCCCCGCGGAUACUGAGCUCGAGGUUAGCAUGUGGAGGCAGACUGACGACACCAAGGUCUGGUAUGAGUGGCUUGUGGAGGCGUGGACCUGGGUUGGGCCGUCAACACGUGUCAAGGUAGCAUCUUCAGAGCUUUGUAGCAGCCGGAAGAUGGCAUGUCUGAUGUAGCUGUGCGGCAUCUUGUUGAGACGCAUAGCUGCGGCAUUCUGUCUCGGGAUCUUGAUUUUACUUCUGUAGAGCGGUUAAAAAUAUAGCCGAGCGUUAUGCUGAAAGAAUCCGAAGUCGGUCG